CGAGAACUCCACAUUGUCUCCCUUCGCUGUUUCCAGCGGUGGGAGUCGCCUUGGCUCUCGCGAUAUUUCCGGGCAAACGGGAACCCGAGCGACCCGGGCUUCUGUGAAACAUGGCGGUCGGCUGGGACCGACAUACAAGCAUGACUAUAUGAAAGGAGAAGGUUUUCCUGAAGAUGAGGCGGCUGAAUCGAAAAAAAACCUUAAGUUUGGUGAAAGAGUUGGAUGCCUUUCCAAAGGUUCCUGAGAGCUAUGUAGAGACUUCAGCUAGUGGGGGGACAGUUUCUCUAAUAGCAUUUACCACUAUGGCUUUAUUAACCAUAAUGGAAUUUUCAGUAUAUCAGGAUACAUGGAUGAAGUAUGAAUAUGAAGUAGACAAGGAUUUUUCUAGCAAAUUGAGAAUCAAUAUAGAUAUUACUGUUGCCAUGAAGUGUCAGUAUAUUGGAGCAGAUGUAUUGGAUUUAGCAGAAACAAUGGUUGCAUCUGCAGAUGGUCUAGUUUAUGAACCAGUAAUGUUUGAUCUUUCUCCACAGCAAAAAGAGUGGCAGAGGAUGCUGCAGCUGAUUCAGAGUAGACUACAAGAAGAACAUUCACUUCAAGAUGUGCUAUUUAAAAGUGCUAUUAAAAGUCCAAUUCCCCUUCCAUCAAGGGAAGAUGAUUUAUCACAGCCUCCCGAUGCUUGCAGAAUUCAUGGUCAUCUAUAUGUCAAUAAAGUAGCGGGGAAUUUUCACAUAACUGUGGGCAAGGCAAUUCCACAUCCCCGAGGUCAUGCACAUUUGGCAGCACUAGUCAACCAUGACUCAUACAACUUUUCUCACAGAAUAGAUCAUUUGUCUUUUGGAGAGCUUGUUCCAGGAAUUAUUAAUCCUUUAGAUGGAACGGAAAAAAUUGCUAUAGAUUACAACCAGAUGUUCCAAUAUUUUAUUACAGUUGUGCCAACAAAACUGCAUACAUACAAAAUUUCAGCAGACACCCAUCAGUUUUCUGUGACAGAAAGGGAACGUGUCAUUAACCAUGCUGCAGGCAGCCAUGGAUUCUCUGGGAUAUUUAUGAAAUAUGAUCUCAGUUCUCUUAUGGUGACAGUUACUGAAGAACAUAUGCCAUUCUGGCAGUUUUUUGUAAGACUCUGUGGCAUCAUUGGAGGAAUCUUUUCAACAACAGGCAUGUUACAUGGAAUUGGAAAAUUUAUAGUUGAAAUAAUUUGCUGUCGUUUCAGACUCGGAUCCUAUAAACCCGUCAAUUCUGUUUCCUUUGCGGAUGGCCACACAGACAACCACUUACCUCUUUUAGAAAAUAGUACACAUUAGCACCUCCUAGGUGAAGGAGAAAAACUUUUUGCCUGAGACAUCAAACCUUUUUUAAUAAUAAAAUAUUGUGCAAUAUAUUCAAAAGAACAAAAAAACAUGAAUGAAAAGCAGGAAUCAUACCUAGAAAAAAAAGAAAAAACCCAAACUGAAAUCCUAUAUAUGUUGUGUCUGUUACAAAUGUCUUAGAAGAAAUUAUGCAGCUAAUCAGUGAAUAAGUCCAACUGGAAUAGUGCUUCGAAGAUGACCCCUUCUGAUAUUUUCACAGCAAAUGGGCAGUGUCGAAAUCGGACCUUGAAGAGGCUGAAGGAAAGAGGUCAAACCACAUCUAAAGAAAAAGGCAUUAAUAGUGCUAAUGUCUGCGUCCUUUUGUUUUUAAAAUAUGUCAGAAUAAAAUAUGGAAAACUAGUCUAAACUUUAAAAA